AUGCGAGGUACGAAGCAAGGUAAAGUUAAAGGCACCAGGGUGCAAGUACUUGGCAGAACCGUCGAGGUCUACAAAGGGAUACCGUACGCAGAGCCACCUGUUGGAGAAUUGCGCUUCAAGCCUCCGGUUCCUUGUGCUUCUUGGGAUGUGAGUUACUACACUACCUUUGAAAAAAUUGCCUGCCCACAGUUUCCUGCACCAACAGAAUCCGCAGUACCUUUCAAGCAAACAGAAGACUGCCUUUAUCUUAACGUUUGGAAGCCUGAAAACGUCUCGAUGAGACCAGUCCUUGUGUGGAUACACGGAGGAGGGUUUGCGCGACUCAGUUCAUAUCUUGACAAGAUGAACGGGGAAGUCCUUGCUGCGCAAACGGGUCUUGUGGUUGUGUCAAUGAACUAUCGCCUUGGCAUUCUGGGAUUCUUAAACGCUAAUACGACGGAUGCGUCUGGUAAUCAGGGACUCCUCGAUCAGCAUAUGGCACUGAAGUGGGUGCAAGACAACAUACAUGUCUUCGGAGGAGACCCAUCCAUGGUAACGGUCUUCGGUCAGAGCGCAGGCGCCAUGAGCAUUCACGCUCACAUUCUGUCUCCAAUGAGCAAAGGUCUCUUCAAGAGAGCCGUCAUGAUGAGUGGGUCCCUUUACACCUCCGACUACUAUGACACUGUUAAGGAAAGUGUGAGCAAGGGAAACGGUGUGGCUGAGAUUGUCAACUGUUCGAAUCCAAAUCAAGAUCUGUAUAAUAAUGCAGACGAAGUUUUAAAGUGUUUGAGGUCCAAGUCGGUAGACGAACUCAUCCUUGCAACACAGAAAUUCAUGGGUCCCAAACACUUUUCCUUCUUGCCGACGUUCCACAACCGUUUCUUACCGCAUCUCCCGAUCAAGGCAGUCGACAUUGGUAUGGUUCAGGAUGUUGAUGUCAUCGUGGGCGUUACUUCUGAUGAAGGCGCGUUUUCUCUUCUCUUGAGCCCUAUGUUGAAACUUGAGAGACCCUUGUGGGAGAAUAUGAAUUACGAGAGUUUCGAAAGCGAGAUACGCCAAGCGGUCUUUUCAUGGAGCAAGUCCGACAUGUCAAGCAAGCCAUUCGAAUAUGGAGACAACGAAGAAUUAAGAAGGCUCUAUAUUGACUAUCUCUCCAACCGCCAAUUCAAGUGCCCGGUGCAGUUCUUUGCUGAGCAGCACGCUUCAAGAAGCCACGCGGUCUACUCUUACGUGUUCGCACACCUUUCAAAGAAGAACAACCUUCCGUUCUGGAUGGGCGUUCCUCACUCAUAUGAAAUAGAGUUCUUCUUCGGCAUUCCUCUCAGAGACCAGGUUAACUACACUGAUGAAGACCGCAUCGUCAGCGAAAAUAUUGUGACCAUACUCUCCUCUUUCGCCAACACCGGGAACCCUAAGUUGCCAGGUGGGCAAGGCUGGCCGAAGUACACAGCGACGGAACCAAUAUCCGCCGUAAUAGAUCGUGAAAGUUUUACUUUUGUUCGAGGCUAUUCUACCAGUCAGUGCGAGCCAUGGCGAAACUAUAUCUAG